AUGUUCGUCGCCGCUGUCGUUUUUUACGUUUUAUCGCGGGCUGUCGCUCAGGAACAAGCUCUCAGCACGGUCACCCCACAAUCACCCCCCAUUCCAUUUCUGGAUUUGUUCACUGGCUCCUCCAACUAUUAUCCCGAUAUACGAAAAACAUAUUCUGAUCCCAGUUAUUACCAUGGUUCGUGCCAAAAGACAGACACCCUCUCGUCGCUCGCUAGUCUUUUAGGAAGUGCUGCCAAAAUAAUGCUUUCGGCAACGGUCAUAGUAUUAUUAAAACUUCUUACUGGCAAACUUUUGCUUUUACCGCUAAGUGUUAUGGUGUUCGCGAAGUUGGGGCUUAAAGCGAUUUUAAUGUGGCCCGUAAUAUCGAAAAUGAUAAGGUAUUUCAAAAAGAAGAAGAAGAAGAAACACCAUUCCAGAAUGAUAAUGGACUGUUCCGAAAGAGUUGCAUGUGUUAUACAAAAGUCCUACAGGAGUGGUUGGGGAAGUAAUUUCGGUGCCGCAGUCACAUUUUCCAUAAUUGACGACGUUGAAGAGGAUAGCCCAGUUGCAAAAAUAUUGUUAAGCAUUUUAGCUGGGGACAAGGUCGCGGAAUGUAUGUCAAUGGACUGCAACUCAGGAAUCGAUAUAAGCUGA